CCCUGCCGCCGCCUCCGAUUCGCCCUGCACCUUCGCCUUCCCUGCCCCCGGGUUGGGUCCCCCGCUGCCCGCCUUCGCCGAUGCUCCUGGCGCGGAGUCCGCCGGCUGCCCCCUGGCCUUCAGGUUGGACCCGUACCCCUUCCAGGUCAUCCUGCGCUACACCUCGACCGACGCCCCCGCAAUCUGGUGGCUGGACCCAGAGCUGACCUAUGGCAAUGCCAAGCCUUUCGUCUUCACCCAGGGCCACUCUGUGUGCAACCGCUCCUUCUUCCCAUGCUUUGAUACACCGGCCGUCAAGUGCACCUACUCAGCCGUUGUCAAGGCCCCGUUAGGGGUACAGGUGCUGAUGAGCGCGACACGAAGCGUGUAUGUGGAGGAAGACGGCGUCUACCACUUCCACAUGGAUCACCCUGUACCCGCCUACCUCGUCGCCCUUGUGGCUGGAGACCUCAAGCCAGCAGACAUUGGGCCCAGGAGCCGUGUGUGGGCUGAGCCAUGCCUCCUACCCACAGCCACCAGCAAGCUAUCGGGUGUUGUGGAACAGUGGCUGAGUGCCGCAGAGCGAUUAUAUGGGCCAUACAUGUGGGGCAGAUAUGACAUCGUUUUCCUGCCACCCUCCUUCCCCAUCGUGGCCAUGGAGAAUCCGUGCCUCACCUUCAUCAUCUCCUCCAUCCUUGAGAGUGAUGAGUUCCUGGUGAUUGAUGUCAUCCACGAGGUGGCCCACAGCUGGUUCGGCAAUGCUGUCACCAAUGCCACUUGGGAGGAGAUGUGGCUGAGUGAGGGCCUGGCCACCUAUGCACAGCGCCGCAUCACCACAGAGACCUAUGGGGCAGCCUUCACCUGCCUAGAGACAGCCUUCCGCCUGGAUGCCCUGCAUAGGCAGAUGCGACUUCUUGGGGAGGAUAGUCCAGUUAGCAAGUUGCAAGUCAAGCUAGAACCAGGAGUGAAUCCCAGCCACCUGAUGAACCUGUUCACCUAUGAGAAGGGCUACUGCUUCGUGUACUACCUGUCCCAGCUCUGUGGGGAUCCCCAGCGCUUUGAUGACUUUCUCCGAGCCUAUGUGGAGAAAUACAAAUUCACCAGCGUGGUGGCCCAGGACCUGCUGGACUCCUUUUUGAGCUUCUUCCCCGAACUGAAGGAGCAGAGCGUGGACUGCCGGGCAGGGCUGGAGUUCGAGCGCUGGCUCAAUGCCACAGGCCCACCACUGGCUGAGCCAGACCUGUCUCAGGGGUCCAGCCUAACCCGGCCUGUAGAGACCCUCUUCCAGCUGUGGACUGCAGAGCCCCUGGAGCAAGCAGCAGCUUCAGCCAGUGCCAUUGACAUCUCCAAGUGGAGGACCUUCCAGACAGCACUGUUUCUGGACCGGCUGCUAGAUGGAUCCCCGUUGCCCCAGGAUGUGGUGAUGAGCCUGUCCAAAUGCUACUCGUCCCUGCUGGACUCCAUGAAUGCUGAGAUCCGCAUCCGCUGGCUGCAGAUCGUCGUCCGCAAUGACUACUAUCCCGAUCUCCACAGAGUCCGCCGCUUCCUGGAGAGCCAGAUGUCACGCAUGUACACCAUCCCGCUGUAUGAGGACCUCUGCACCGGUGCCCUCAAGUCCUUCGCGCUAGAGGUCUUCUACCAGACACAGGGCCGGCUGCAUCCCAACCUGCGCAGAACCAUCCAGCAGAUCCUGUCCCAGGGGCUAGGCCCCAGUGUUGAACCCACUGCAGAGACCAGCACAGAGCUGGGCAGUGCGGAGGCAGACACGAACCCAGACUCGCCAGCCCUGCUGCUCGGGGAUGAGGCCCCCAGUAGCACCAUCUCUCUCAGGGACGUCAAUGUGUCUGCCUAGCCUUGGUGACUGACCCUCGACCUCCCAGACACCACGAUUGUGCCUUUUGUGGUCCUGGCUGCCAUGACUGCGCCUUGGCUCUGGCCACGAGCUCUGCCCAGGACCAUAAGCCCCUCCCAUUGUCUCCAGGUCAGGGGCAUGGGGAAAAGGAUCUUGUGUCCAUUGAGGCCCAUGGACCAGGGCCCACCCUGUCCCUGCUCUCUUACACUGCAGGCCCCAGGGCUGGCUCAUACCCACCAUGCCUCCUGCCCCAACACUGACAGCCAUGCCUCACCCUGGAAGCCAGCAUCUGCUGAACACUGUUCUGAGGACAGUGACCCCAGCAGUCCCACAGCAGCAACCACAAUGUGCCUUACACAUGCCAGAGGCCCAGGAUGCAUGGUCCUGGGAUUGUGCUUUUCUGCUGGGCCCUGUGUGUGGCCCCUGGGCUAGACUUGCUGGAGGGACAGAGGGCAGAGGAACAAGGACACAGGCAUUCCAUCAGUUAGGGAUAGGGACAGAUGGAGAGGACGAACCUCCCAAGCAGGCCUCAGUCUGCACCUGGAGUCCAGGCCCCAGAAGCACAGGGAAUAGCAUGUCCUUGUGGCUACUUGGGUACCACUGGUGCUCUCCAUGCCUGUCCCAGGCUGUGGGCUUCAGCCUGGGGCCGCUGCAGCAGGAACCAUGGUGACUGUCCCAUUAAAUCUCCACUCUGCAGAUCUUACCUCCCUUCCUGUCACUACCUUGUCUUUUGUACCUAUCCAGCUGCCGAGGGUAAGACUGGAAGAGACGACAACUGGUCACGGGAACCAUGGUCAUAGCCUAUCCCAAUAUACCGACAUCAAGAGCCAGGUGGGAACCUACCCUGGAGGCCAAAAUAGGGGUCAGUAGGUGGCCUCUUGUUCUCAUCACCUCAUCAGACCUUGGCUGAGCACGAUCUCUUCAGGAUCCUAAAGAGGUUGUUUGUUGCCCUUAUUCUGGACUUUGACUCUGUAAUUCUGACCGCACCUCUGGCUCAGCACUGGAGCACCCAGACCUCCACAAGCAGGCUGCAAGGGAGGUGCGGGGGAUUGAUUGGGAGGUGCUGAGACUGAACUCUGGCACAGCAAGCUAUGGGGUUAGAUACCUCUGCUGACAAAGGGAAGCUCCGUGUUCACAGGGCAGCAAGUGGAGCCACUCUUUAUGGCUUCUCAAAGACAAGCUGGUGACAGGGCCACAGCUGGGACCACCUGGUACUCCGCAGCCUCCAACUUUAGCAGCAUGCUAUGGCAUGUCGUCCCAACCCACUGCCAGGCCAAGUCACAGCCAACUCCAUACAUGGUCCCAGGAAAAGGUGAGAUGAAUAACUUGAAACCUCCACCACUAGACACGAAAUUCACCUUCCCUCCUUUUCAGGGAUCUCCCCUCAGCAGAGGCAGCUAUAGCUUCCUCUAGUCAUACGCCCCAAAUGACUUAGGGUCACCUUUGUUGCAAGAUUAUGUGCCUGGUGCCUACCUGAGGCUCUAUCCCAUUCAAGAAUGAGAAACAUUCUCACAACCAGCAGGGGCAGAGGGGACAACUGCCGUGACACCUUACAGAAGAGAGGUGUUACUGUUCUCACUGCUGCAAUAGAAUCUAGCAGAAACAAA